AACUAAGGCGUCUCUUGCUCUUUCUGUCCCAGAAUGCCCUUCUCCUGGCUUUUUCUCAAAAUCUGUUUUUGGCUCUGCUCCCAGAUCCUGUCCCUGAGUCUCUCUCCAUUUUACACAGUCUGCAGUUCGGCUCCCUUGCUGUCGCUAUGUUGUCGGUUCUGGCACAGAGGUCGCCGCUUUUGGCUAAAAUGAGGGUUCUAGGAGCCAUCGGCGUAAGAGCAGCCCACAGCCACGGGGACCACGACGCAGUACCAUAUUACACCAAGCCGGCAUAUUUUGACCACCGGACUCUUCCUCUGCCUGACAUCCCCUUUCAUGAUGGUCUGAGCUCCCAGGAAACUGCGCUUAAGGAGAAGGAGAAAGGACCUUGGAAGCAGCUGAGUCCAGAGGACAAGAUAUCACUUUACCGUAUCCAGUUUAACCAGACAUAUGCAGAGAUGAAUAAACCAACCAAUGAGUGGAAAAGUGUGAUUGGUGGCAUCCUCUUCUUCUUUGGCAUAACAGGACUCAUAGUGUGGUGGCAGAAAGUACAUGUGUUCCCUCCUCUCCCGCACACCCUCCAGGAGGAGUGGAUACAGAUGCAGAUUCGAAGGAUGUUGGACAUGCGCGUGGGGCCCAUUGAAGGCUUCUCCUCCAACUGGGACUAUGAGAAGAAUGAGUGGAAGAAAUAAACUGUGAUCUUCGAAGGCACUAGAUCCAAGCCAGCACAAACUCUCCAUAUACAACCUAACCGUGGUGUGUCCAUGUACUAGUUCAACAAUAGUCUGUUAAUAAACUCUUGUCAAUGAAUCCACGUAA